AUGACGGUUGGAACCGUUCUCAUCACGGGAGGCACCGGCUAUAUUGGUUCAUUCACCUCUCUCGCUCUCCUCGAGAAUGAUUAUCAGGUCGUGAUCGUCGACAGUCUGUACAAUUCCUCAAAAGUCUCCCUCGACCGCAUCGAGCUCCUCUGCGGCAAGCGACCCGACUUCUACCAGGUCGACAUCACAGAUGAAGAAGCAUUGGACAAGGUCUUUGCUGCACAUCCCAAUAUUGACAGUGUUAUCCACUUCGCUGCUCUGAAGGCAGUUGGCGAAUCUUCAGAGAUCCCUCUCGAAUACUACCGAGUCAAUGUUGGCGGAACCAUCACUCUACUCCGCUGCAUGACCAAGCACAAUGUUCCAAAUAUCGUCUUCUCCUCUUCCGCGACCGUCUACGGCGAUGCGACUCGAGUUCCCAAUAUGAUUCCUAUUCCCGAGCACUGCCCAAUUGGCCCAACCAACCCAUACGGACGAACCAAGAGCACAAUCGAAUUGAUCAUCACGGAUCACAUUGAUGCUCAGCGCAACAAUGCUAAGAAGGCGGGUAAGCCAUUCGAGCAAUGGAACGGUGCUCUGUUGAGAUAUUUUAACCCGGCUGGAUCACACCCCAGCGGAAUAAUGGGCGAGGACCCUCUUGGUGUACCAUUCAACUUGCUCCCAUUGUUGGGCCAAGUUGCUACUGGGCAGAGAGAAAAAUUGUUGGUCUUUGGCGAUGACUACUCCUCCAGAGACGGUACCGCUAUUCGAGACUACAUCCACGUUGUCGACCUUGCCAAGGGCCAUCUUGCAGCCUUGAACCACCUCCGAGAAAAGAAACCCGGUGUUCGAGCCUGGAACUUGGGCUCUGGACGUGGCUGCACGGUCUUCGAGAUGAUCAACGCAUUCAGCAAAGUUGUCGGCCACCCCUUGAAAUAUGAGAUCGUUGGACGGCGAGCAGGUGAUGUCUUAGAUCUCACUGCCAACCCGGCACGUGCGAACGAGGAAUUAGGCUGGAAGACAGAACUUACGCUCGAGGAUGCUUGCGAGGACCUCUGGAGGUGGGUCAGCAACAACCCACGGGGCUAUCGCCAAGAUGCUCCUGAAGCAUUGAUCAAGGUCGUCAAGGAAAGCAAGAAAUAG